AUGGAAUUUUGUCAUUUUAUUUACAUUUUCAAAUAUGUUAUUACGCCUACACGGAAAGCUAGUAGCUUUGCAGACCAAGGAAUUGAGAAGGCUGAUGUUGUUGUUUGUGGUGGUGGUAUAGCUGGUUUAUCAGCAGCAUUUCAUCUAAAUAAACUUAAUAAAAAUGUUGUGUUAUUUGAUAAAUAUUGUAUCGGUGAAGGAAGUGCUUCUGUCAUUAAUUGUGGUCUUAUUACUGCACCAUAUUUUUGGCAAAAUUUAACUUUAAUGAGACUAGCUGAACGUUCUCAUCAAUUUUAUAAAAAUCUUGCAGCAACCAGUAAUAUAGAACUUGAAGAAUGUGGUAAAGUUUAUUUGGCAUCUUCUGAUGAGAUGACUCAUGAAUUGAAAAGAAUUGCUGCAUGGGCUAAUGCAUAUGGAUAUAAAGAUGUUGAACUUUUAGAUUGUCCCAGUGAAAUGUUAUCUAGAUGGCCAAUUGCAGAUACAGAAGAUGUACUUUUAGCAUUAUAUUCACCACAUGAUAUUAGGCUUGAUAUGUCUUCUGUUCUUUUAGAACUUCAGAGACGAUUAAAAAAAAGAGGUGUAAAAAUAUAUGAAAAUUGUAAAGUUAAGAAUGUUUGUGUUAGUAGUAAUAAACAAGUAUAUGGUAUUCAAACCGAUCUUGGAUUAAUUGAGACAAAAGUUUUUGUUGAUUGUUCUGGAAUCAAUGCAGGAAAAAUCCCUGUUAAAUCAUUACCAAAUGAACAUGUAAUGGUUGCCAGUUAUCCAUGUACAGUUAAUGGUUUAACUACAUCUCGUAUAAGUUCUACAAGUUUAAAUUCAAUUUCACCUAUCAUUUGUGAUGUUGAAAGUAAUGUUUUUUUAAAAACAGGUAUGUAUGAUACAAUAUGUGGUGGUUUUGUUGAAGAUAGUAUGAAACCAUUUCCUAAUACUAAAACAGAUGUUACAAAAGAAUGGAGUAUUCCUAUUUCUGAUUGGGAUAAUUUUGAACCAAUUCUUUCAAAAUUAAUAGAUAGAUUUCCAACUUUAACUAAUGCUCCUCAUGGAAAUCUUCAACUUCAUUACGAUACUUUUACACCUGAUAAAAAUCCUAUUAUUGGAGAAUGUAGUGAAGUAUCUGGAUAUUACAUUGCUACUGGUUUUAAUGCAAGAGGUUUAACAUUAGCACCAGGUGCAACAGAAUUAUUAUCAAGAUGGAUUUGUAAGAUGCCUAUUAAGGAGGAUGUUUCAACAAUUGAUGUAACAAGAUUUCUUCCAAUGCAUGGAAAUAAUAAAUAUUUGUUUCAAAGGGUUCCUGAGGUUGCUUCUUAUGUUUAUGGUAGUACAAGGCAAAGUUUUCAAUUUCAUUCUGCUAGAAAUUUAAGAAUGUCUCCAAUCUAUCACCAGUUACGUGAUGCUGGUGGAGUUUUUGGAGAGUUAAUGGGAUAUGAGAGACCAUUAUGGUAUGAUAAAAAUUCAAAACGUGACAGUCAUUUGUAUUAUGGUCAAGAUUCAUUAUAUGGAAAACCAAUAUGGUUUGAACAUGUUGAAAAAGAAUAUCAAGCUUGUCGUGAAAGAGUUGGUUUAAUUGAUAUGACAAGUUUUUCAAAAUUUGAAGUAAAAGGUGAUGAUUCAGAAAGAUUUUUACAAUAUCUUUGUUCUGCCAAUGUAAAUAUGCCAAUUGGUGAAACUGUAUAUACAGGAAUGCAAAAUGAAAAUGGUGGUUAUGUUACUGAUUGUACAAUAAGUAGAUUAAAAGAUAAUCAUUAUUUUGUUAUAGCACCAACAGUUCAACAACUUCGAUGUUUCAUUUGGAUGAAAAAAUGGGCUAGAAAAUUAAAUACUGAUGUUAAAAUUGUUGAUGUUACUGGAAAUUAUACAGCUUUAGAUAUAAUUGGACCUUCUGGUCGAUAUUUAAUGCAAGAUAUUUCUGGUGAAAGUAUGUCAUCUGGAGAUUUUCCUUCUUUUAGAAUGAAAGAAAUAAAUAUUGGUAUGGGAACCGGAAUUCGUGCAAAUAGUAUUUCACAUUGUGGAGAACUUGGAUGGAUGUUAUAUAUUCCAAAUGAAUUUGCUCAAAAUGUUUAUGAUGUUAUUGUAGAAAGUGGAAAAGAAUAUAAUAUGAAACAUUGUGGAUAUUAUACAAUGAGACACCUUAGAAUUGAAAAAUUUUAUGUUUACUGGGGACAGGAUAUAAAUGAGCAAACUACACCAGUUGAAUGUGGAAGAACAUUUAGAGUUGAUUUUGAUAAAAGUGAAUUUAUUGGAAAAGAAGCACUUCUUAAACAAGUUGAAGAAGGAGUAAAUAAAAGGUUUGUCCAAAUAUUUAUUGAAAAUCAUGAUAUGGAUAUGGAUCCAUGGCCACAGGGUGGUGAACCAAUUCUUUGCAAUGGAAAAAUGUGUGGUCUUACAACAUCAUCUGCUUAUGGAUUUACUUUAAAAAAACAAAUAUGUUUAGGAUAUAUAGAAUUUAUUGAUCAAAAGAUUGAGCCAUCACAUAUUGCUCAAGAAAGUUAUACAAUAAAUAUAGGAGGAAGAAUAUUUCCAAUCAAAAUAGUCAAAUAA